CUGCGGUAACGUUUAAAUGGCAGCCUCCAUGAAAAACAUAGAAAAUGGAUUCAGACGAAGAAGAAACAUUCAUUUGUCUCGGAAACCCAGUGGAACAAAUUGAUGAAGAUGCACCAUUGAAGAAGCCAGUUUUUGUUGGAGACUUGAAGGUGAAAGAUAAUAAAGGCAGACAAAGAUUCCAUGGAGCAUUUACUGGAGGAUUUUCUGCAGGAUAUUUUAACUCUGUUGGAUCUAAAGAUGGUUUUGCACCCUCAGAAUUUGUAUCCAGCAGAGACAAAAAGUAUGACUCAAUGCGACAGAAACCAGAAGAUUUUAUGGAUGAUGAGGAUUUCAAUGAACAUGGGAUAGCUCCAAGAAAACUGGUUACAUCAGAGAAAUUUUCUACAGAAGAAAGAAGAAAGAGACGUUAUGAUGAAGGACAGGCCUUAAUGACGGGAACUGUCUUUGAAGGAACAUCAGCCUUAACAGAUUACAUUCUACCUGAAAAACUAAGUGUAGGAAUAAAGCUUUUAAAGAAGCUUGGAUGGAAACAAGGACAUGGAAUAGGCAGUAGAAAGAAACAAGAAAAAGAAUCAGAGCAAAAAGUAUAUGGAUGUUCCUUACCAUCUCAGACAGAAGAAGGAGAAUCUGAUGAAGAAGCAGACUUUGGUCCUAAAGAUACGACUCCGAUAUCAUUUGUUGCUAAGGAUAAUGUCCAUGGUUUAGGAUACAGUGGUCUUGACCCCAGGUCAGCACUUCCUGGAAGUCAUGUUAAUCUGUUUGAACCACCAGCAAUUACGAAAACAGGUCGAAAAGGAAUCAGGGGUCAGGGGUUUGGUGUAGGAGCAUUAGAGGAUGAAGAUGAUGAUAUAUAUACUAAAGAUCACAUGUCAAAUUAUGAUAUGACCAUGGAAAUAGAAGACACAUCAAAUUUACAUGGAUGGACGGCUCCAAAACACAAACAUGAAUCUAGGCAGUUAGCAAUUGGUUAUAUUGGGAAAGUUCUAGAGGGAUUUAUGUUGACAGAUAAACCACUUCAUCAAAGAAAAUCUUUUCCACCUCCUGAAUUACCCAGACACUUCAAACCAAUCCAUGUUUUCCUAAAGCCCAAAGAUACAGAAUCUGAUAGUAUUAUGAAACAGAAGGAGCAGACGUCCAUAACCAGAAGCAUUGCAUUAGGAGAAGUUCGAUCUGUUUUUGAUUUGGUUUCAUCUAAAGAUAAAGACAAAAUGGAAAGAGCCCGGAUGGGAACUGAACUUUCUGUUGUGCAGUCUUCAGACAAAAACUUGAUAUCUAUUCCUGAAGGUCAGCAAUCAUUUAAAGCACCAUCAGUGAUUUCCUCUACAGAACUACAGUUGGUUCCUGUCCAUACAGAUAUUACUGAUGAGUCACAACAGGCACAGCCAGGAAUUGAUCAACCCAGAACCAGUGCACCAGCAUUUCAAGGAGGAAGUUUGUCUUUUAAACCAUUCAUCAAAGAUGAAAGAAAACAAGCAAGAUAUGAGAAAUAUUUGGUUUUUGUGAAACAGGGAAUGAAAGAUGCCUAUGCUGAAGUAACAGAAGGGCAUAUGACAGAAUGGGAAAGAGAAAGAGAGAAAGAAGAAUUUAUAAAGGCAGGAAAGAUGUACAAACCUUUAGCAGGGAUGAUAGCCUCUAGGUUUACCAGGGCUAAGUUUGAUGAUGCAGUUGAGACAGUAGAUGUUCCUGCAGAAGAAGGGGGAGACAAGGACGAUACAGAGAAAGCUGCAGAAAUGAAGAUGUAUGGUAGAUUGACGAGGAAUGAAUAUAAAUGGUAUCCACAUAAACUGUUGUGUAGGAAGUUUAAUGUGCCGGAACCUUACCCAGGGGCUGGUAUAGUUGGUUUACCUACAGUAAAGAGAGAUAAAUUUUCUGUGUUCAACUUUCUUACAUUCCAACCAGACGAAAUGGCUGAACCUGAAGACUCAGGUAGCAGAGAUGAUAUUCAGACAUCUUCAGCAUCUAUAAAUGAUAAAAAAGAAUCUGCAAGCUCAGAAGAUAAAACUUCCAAAUCAGAGGACACAUUAAUUUCUUCCAAGCCUGUAUCUAUAUUUAGUCAUCUCUCUGCACCAGAAAAAACAAAGCAGCAAUCACACUCAGGAAUUAAAAAUGAAAAGACAUCAGAAAAGCCUAAAUCUAUUUUUAGUCAUCUUGUAGAAGAAACAAGAGACAAAUCUGAACGUUUACAAAAAGAUGCUAACUUGGACAAAGCAGAUCAGGGAAGUGAUGAAAAACAGGCUGUUGCUGCUGAAGGGGAGAAGACAGUUGAUGGAAAACCAUCACUGGAUUUAUUUGCUGCUAUUUUUGGAAACACAGAUUCAGAAGAUUCUGAGGAUGAGGAGUUAGAAGAUAAACAACAGGAUGAGACUCCUAAAACAUCUGUAAUACCAAAACAGGAUAUGGAAAUUAAACCAAAAGACUCCUCAGAUGUUCCAGAGUAUUUACCAGGAGGUCCAGUUGUCAUGGAAACAUUAGAAGCUAGACUAUCACCCAAAGUACCAGAGGAGCCACUAAGUUAUGGCCCUUUACCACCAUCUUCCGCUGCUGCAUCUACCAGUAUUCCUGUAUCUACUAGUUUUGUAAGCAGUGCUGAUUAUUUAGCACCAACAUGUCAAAGAAAGCAUGGUACAGGAGAUUUUGUUGACCCAUCUUUACUUCCUGAUAGAAGUAAAAACACUAGGGAUUCUAGUGAACACAGAAAACAUAAACGCUCAAAAUCCAAACAUAAAAAAGAAAAAAAGUCUAAAAGUAAAAAGUCAAAACACAAGAAGAAGGAUAAAAGAAAGAAAAAGAGCUAUUCUGACAGUGAUGACUCAGAGGAGAGUAGCAGUGAAGAAAAUCUACCAACAGAUAAGGAAUUAUUACACAAAAUGAGAACUUUACCUAAAGGGAAACAUUCACUGAUGAGAUGAGGACAUAAGUGGGAUCAAGAGCAUUGCUCAGGGAAACAUUCACUGAUGUGAUGAGGACAUAAGUGGGAUCAAGAGCAUUGCUCAUCUGUAACAGAAAAGACACAAACAAUUUUCAUGUUCAGCUUUUAAAAAAUAUUUUGUUACAAAAGACAUUAAAAGCAGUUACAGUAGUUUAAUAAUUUUAUUAUUUGCAAGCUUCAGUAAAAUAGUGGUUCAGGAAAUUAGUCCAGAUCUUUCAACCAACCUGCAAUUGAGUCCAUCUACAUAUUCAAUCUAUCCAUAUCUGUUCAAUUAUCUUGCUAACAAUAGAUUACGAGACAUAGGGAUUACAUCCUGGUGGCUAUGA